AUUUAUUUACAAAUAGUACAAAUAAUUAUAACAAUCACAAUCAUUGUAUCUUUUUGUUUUUUAUAGAUAACAAUAAUAAUAGCUAUACAAUAAAAGUACUUUAUUAAUCAAUUUAAAUUUCAAUUAUUUAUUUAAUUAAUUUUUAUUUUUUGUUUUUUUUUUGUAAUUAUUUUUUUAUUAUAAAUAUAAAGUUUUAUAAAUUUUUGUAAAAUACUAUCAAUAUUAUUAUAACUUAAGAAAUGAGAUUAUUAUUAUCAUUUAUAUUAGUUAUUUUAACUACAAGUUUAGCUUUUGCAAAUCCUAAAAUUAGUGGUUGUGCUGAAGGAUGGGGUGUUAUAACUCAUUCACAAUCAGAUACCGGUAGUUGCGGUUUACCAAUACCUGAUAAAAUUGGAAGAGUUAGUUUGUCUACAUUAGGAUAUCAAGGAGGUGUAAGUUGUGGUGAAUGUUAUGAAGUUUUUGGUCCAUCAGGAAGUACAAUUGUGAUGGCUUUUGAUACAUGUGAUGCAGGUGCUGCUUGUCAACAAAACGAUUAUAUAAAUUUUAUUCUUUCAGAAUCCGACUAUGGAAAAAUCGAUAACUCCUCCUCAAGCAAUAUAUAUUCAUUAGGUUAUCAAAAGGUAUCUUGCGAUUUCGAUGGAAAUAUUAAAGCCAACUUUAAGAAAGGUGGUGGUACAGCAACUGACUAUAGAUAUUAUUUUGGUGUUGUUUUUUCAAAUUAUAAUCUUGCUAUUAAAUCAGUUGGUAUUAAGGGAAGCGGUUGGAGAGAUUAUCAAACAUUAACUCGUUCAAACAAUAUUUUUUCUUUUAACAAAGAUAACAAAAUAGGUGAUCUUAAUUUCCCAGCAACUCUUGCUGUGCAAUCAGUUACUGGUGAAAUAGUCAGAUAUGAAUUUACAAAAGCCCCACAAGCAGGUAUAGAUAUUGACAUUAAUGUUCAAUUUAAAGCAUUUUUAAAUUCCGAUCUUUCAAAUGAAACAUGUGGUAUGGGUCAAUUACCAGACUAUUUAUAUAAAGAUUCAGUUGGUUAUGGUUGGGCAACUUAUCAAUCAUGGGGCUAUUCAAAAUUAGACACAAGUUCAACUGAUUUAGAUGCUGCCGGUAAAGAAGUUGGUGCUAGUGGAACAAUUAUUAAAACUACCCUUUCAUCCUAUGGUGGUCUAACAUUCUCAAGAGAAGGUAAUUUCCAAACUAAAGAUAUAGAUCAAAUAAUGUUCACAAUGAAAACAAGUUUACCAACACCACAAAUAGGUCUUUAUUUUAGAAAUGUUUCUAAAUAUUCUUUCACCAAUGCCACAGACAAAUGGGGAGUUUAUGCAGUUGAUAUAUCUAAUUUAAAUCCAAAUGAAGUAGAAAACUCAAUUACAUUCUUUAACAACUUUGACGGAGAAGUUACCUAUUGGAUCGAUAAUAUUAAAUGGAUUUUGAAAGAUGGUGUAGACAAAUUACCAAUUCAGGUCACAGUUGUUCCAGACCCAAGUGCUCCAACUAAAAAACCUUCCACAGGUUCAUCCACUGGCGCCUCCACUGGCGGUUCUGGUACCACUGGCGGAUUAACAGGUAUUUCAAGCUAUUCCUCAGAAAUUGACAAUAGUGGUGAUAAUGAAGUUAGUCAAAGUGAACACAACAACUCUUCUUCCACUCUUUUUGUAUCAUCAUCAUUUUUAUUAAUACUUUUAUUAAAUAUUUUAUUAUAAAAAAUUAAAUUUUUUUCAUUAUAUAAAAAAUUUUUUAUCAUUUUUAAAAACUAUUUAAUAAAAAAAAAAAACCUUCUUUACAUUUAAUAGAUCAAAAAACAAUUUUAGUAUUUUAUUCGAAUGCCAAUAUCAUAUAUUAACUAUUUUGUGUCAUUAAAAAAAAAAUUUAUAAUAACCACAAACCCAACACACACAUUAUAAAAAACAACAAUAAUUUAUAAAAAAAAAAUAAUAAUAGUAACUCUAUCCUCUAUUUAAAAUACUAAAUUUAAUAAAGCUGUUAUAAGUAUAAUCCAACAAUUUUUAUUUAAAUAAU